AUGGCGGCACAGAAAGCCAGCUGUUCCAAAAAAGUUGUUCUAUGUGAAGAAGACAUUCCCGAAGCGAAGCUUCCUCGGGAAAACGUUGAAGAGUGUACUGUACCACAGCUUCGACGAUGGCUGUUGUGUAGAGGAGCAAAAACAAGCGGCAAGAAAGCCGAUCUUGUCAAGAGGUCUGCUCAGACGAUGGUUUAUUAUUGAUCAUUUAUCAGGGUUUGUUAUUUUGAACUGUCCAGCGUAAAUAUAUACUAAGACAUGGUUUGCUUUACUGUUUAUUUUAGAUAUAAAGACUAUGUCAAGGCAGGCCUUCAUUUAAAAAACUUACGAGAUCCGGAUGGAGGUGUGCAUCUUGCACGAAAGAAAGUCUUACUAGGUGUAAUGGAUGAAGUAGACCCUCCACAUGUUACUGAUAUUUUCCCUAAGGAUGGUUUCCAUGAAGAUCUUACUGAUUUGCCUUUUGUAAAUUUUGGCACUGUAUGGAAGUACAUGAUCGAGUUCUCCAAUGCAAAAAAGCAGCUAUCCACAGCUAAACCACUGGUCAAAGGCUUUAACUUUUUUAAGUCCGGUAACUUAGUAAAAGUGACCGUCUGUUCUCGAGAAAAUAAGUGGUACUUAAAGAGUCAAGUUUUACCCUCAAUGAAAAAAUCAAGCGUCUAUAACUGUUUCAUCUUGCUCUUACCAAAUGGCCACAUAAAAAGCGCGUACUGUGGUUGCCCAGCAGGUGUUGACGGUCGAUGUAAUCAUAUCGCGGCAACCUUGUUUGGACUUGAGGAAUUCUGCAAGCAACGUGAAAAGCAGCAGCAAGAACAGACCUCUCGAACGUCCCAACCUUGCACUUGGAAUGUUCCCCGUAAAAGGAAAGGAGAGGUACUGCCCAUAAGCCAAAUGAAAUUUAAGAAGCAUGAACAUGGGAAAGAAAAGAAAGACCGAGAAUCUGAAGUUAAGCGCGAUAAGGACGUGAGAGCCCCCCCCAUCAAGGGAAUGGUCCAACACCAGACGAUAUAAUGUGUUGACUUCUGUUCUCUGUGUUCAAGAGGAAACGGGCAAACUAUAGGUCUUAGUCAUAUUUUACCUCUAAAGACAAGUAACAAUUUAAAAGAAAUAAUUGGCAAAGAACAUAGCUAUUGUAGAGUAGAUAGCACAGUUCAAGAUAGAGAAAGCACUGGUGAGUCUGUUCACAAAGAAUCAGCCCCUGAAAGCUUAGCUUCAAGUCAAACGGAAGUUCCUGAAUUAAACAGUCAUCCUUUUUCAAUGGAUAUGCUGCAAAAUGAAUGCCAAAACGUCAAGCGGAAAUUAUUUCUCAAUGAGGAAGAAGCAGCAGAGGUAGAAAAAAACACUCGAGGCCAGUCAGCAGACCCUCUUUAG